UUUCUCUCGUGGAGAAAAAAAAAAUUGGCUUGAGUAAUGUACAAUGAACUUAUAAAGCUAGAAAGAAAGAGAGACUGUUUGAUAGAUUAUCUUUCUUUUUGUUUACUUCAAAGGACAAGGAAUCUACAAAAAGAUUACUUGCUUCGAUGUAUAACUUUCAAUUAUUUAUGUCUUGGGAGAGAUUAUCUCACACAACAAGCAUCCUUACUUGAACUUGUCACCAAGUUAUCCUCCUCUUCCUCUCUAUCUCACAUUUAGAAAUUGUUUAACAGUUGAAACCUCCCUCUCUUACACUCCUCUCAUGCUUUCAUCUUCAGCUCUUCUUUAACUCAAACUCUUCUUUUGAUGCUUUCUUAGCUUCUUCCUCUAAAUGUCUCAUCACCAUCACUAUGAAACCAACCCUCAUUUCGCGCGCCUUCCAUCUCAGAAUCAACACGUCAAAGGUGGUGGUGCCUCUACCUCACAAACACCCCCACAUCAAACCUCAAAAUCUCACCCCAAAACUGCACCAGGAAUCCAAAUCAAGCCUCGUGAUCGCCACGGUAAACGACCAGUCCAAGAACCUCCUCAUUCCGUGAUACCUGUACCACUAAGACCAGAAGAGAGACUACCACCACGGGAAACUCCAAACUCUUCCAAAAUACCAGUACUAUCAAGCCCUGAAGAGAAACGACCACCACGGAAAAACCCAAACUCUGCUAAAAGACCGUUACUAUUAAGCCCUGAAGGUCAUCAACGAUCUCCACCACCACAACAACCACAAGCACCACGCGGUUACGCAACAUCAUUACCUCCAAUAGCCAAACCAACUCCAUGGAGAAACGCUCCAACACCAUCACCGCAUCGCCGUGGUGGCCACCGGACGCCACCACCUUCAAGAGACCAAACAAACACAGCCACAUGGUCAGCUGCAUUCUGCUGUGCCAUCUUCUGGAUCAUUCUUAUCCUCAGCGGUCUAGUCGUCCUAAUCGUCUACCUAGUGUACCGUCCACGCUCUCCUCACAUCGACAUCUCAGCCGCUAACUUAAACGCCGCUUAUCUCGACAUGGGGUUUCUUCUAAACGGAGACCUAACCAUGUUAGCAAACUUCACAAACCCAAACAAGAAAAGCAGUGUAGAGUUCAGCUCUUUGACGUUCGAGCUUUACUACUACAACACUCUUAUAGCGUCUCAGUACGUUGAGCCUUUUAAGGUUCCUAAGAAAAUGUCCAUGUUUGCGAAUGUUCAUCUCGUGAGUAGUCAAGUUCAGCUCGAGCCAACGCAGAGCCGGGAGCUGCAGCGUCAGAUUGAAACCGGUCCGGUUUUGUUGAACGUGAGAGGAACGUUUCAUGCACGUUCGAACUUAGGGGCGUUGUUUAGGUACUCUUAUUGGUUGCAUACUCAUUGCAGCUUUUCUUUGAAUAGUCCUCCUUCAGGAGCUAUGCGUGCUAGAAGAUGCAGUACCAAACGCUAACGUAUUUGCUAUUUUCUUUUGCUCUAUUUUUUUUCGACACAUUCGGAAAAUAAUUGAUUUUCUGUACUCAUUGAUAACUCUUAUCAGAUUUGUUUAAAUAUUUGAUUUUAUGUGCGUUACUAAUUUUUACAAAGUAUAGAAUUAAUGUUCUAAACUUAGAAUGCUCUAUUAAGACUUUCUUUUUAAACUU